AUGUGGCCCUUCUCGAGCUCAAGCGCAGAUGCUGCGCCCAAACCCGUAAUGGCACCUGCCACAAAACAACAAGUACAGCUGCUCCCUGCGACAGGGCAAGCGCUACCCACCGCACAAUCGCAAUACAGCACACCACCGCCCUCGAAGCCCUCCGAAGCCCCCCACGACCCCGACUUCUACGCUGCGCACCCACAUCUCGCGCCUCCCUCGCUAGCCACACCCUCCCCCUCCUCCUCUCCCUCGACAAGUCAACCCCCGCCCGACGAAGAAUUCGACCCCACCCUGCCCCGCUCCAUGUCCUGCCGCGCCGCCUUCGACUCAGCCUUCUACUGCAGUUCCCUCGGCGGCCACUUCAACGACUUGUACCGCUACGGCCAGCUGCGCAGUUGCUCGGACCACUGGAACGAUUUUUGGUUCUGCAUGCGCACAAAGAACAGCUACUCCGGGCCCGAGGUCAAAGAGCAGCUGAUCAUGGAGCGCUAUGCGCAGAAGGAGAAGGCGAUCAAGGAGAAGCCGAACAGCGAGGAUGUGUGGACGAGGAGGGGGCCUGGCGAGGAGGUUCGGAAUGCUUUUUCGCUAGCCGGCAAGGAGUAG